AUGGUGCUUACAACCGUGUACCACAUCGCUGGUUUCAUAAACAGCCUCAUAUGGUAUGCGGUGACCUGUGUCAUCCAGUCUCUUACGGGAUAUAACCUUUUGACCGAUGAUGAUGGUUCUAUGGCAUCGGUGCCUACCACCGCCGACUUGGCAGCAACAGCAGGCUACAACGUCCGAGAACAUGUUGUCACUACUAAGGACGGCUACAUACUUGUGUUGCACAAGUUGGAGCUGGCACAACCCACGUUGGGGAAGAAAGGCGUCGUCUAUUUCCACCACGGUCUUCUCACCGACUCCGAGACUUGGGUAGUGGGCGAUGUCAACCUCCCAUACAUGUUGGUGGAUCAAGGGUAUCAAGUAUGGUUGGGUAACAACCGGGGUAAUCGUUACCUGCGGAAACACCUUCGCCUUUCUCCCUCAGACAAACAGUUCUGGAACUUCAGUUUGGAUGAGUACGCAAUGUACGACAUCCCUGCUUCGUUGGAGCACAUUUACCAGUUCAAUAACGGCACCCUGCGUAUCACGUAUGUUGGGUUUUCGCAAGGGUGCUCUCAGUUGCUUGCGACGCUUUCGCUUCGACCUGACUUGAACAAUAUUCUCAACUUGUUCGUGGGACUCCUGCCAGCGGUGAUCCCCCAAAAUCUCAGCCAUCCCAUUUUCAAAAUGAUUGUUAAUCGCAGUAGCAGAAACAAUCAAUUCUUAUACUCACUAUUCGGUACCAGAGCGAUUUUCCCAUCAGUAGCAUACUGGCAGACUUGGAAAUGGUAUCUGCUGGUGGUUGACACUGCCCUUCAAUAUUUGUUUGGCUGGAAAUUGAACAAUAUCUCGUCGGAACAAAGAAGCCGAGUAUACCCUCACUUGUUCAGCAACACCCUGGUCAAACUGGUCCAUCAUUGGUUUCAGAUCAUCGAUGCCAAGCGGUUCCAAAUGUUCGAUGAACAUGUCAAUAUUGGGCUUCUGCAUUUUUCCAAUUACCACCCUGGCCACCAAGUGCCACCUUUCCCCAUUGCUCACCAUUUGGACGUGCCCAUGGUAUUGGCAUUUGGUGAUGCUGAUAUCUUGGUUGAUAUCAACCAUACCACAAAACUCAUUACCGAGAACAACCCACAGAUGAAGCUGAAGAUGUGGGAGGUAAUUGACUGCCCUACGUACGAGCACAUGGACACACUUUGGGCGUCAGACGUUGAGAAACUCUACAACAGAAUCUUACCUCACAUCGAGAGAGCUAACCGAAUGAUCACCGAUAGCGACUCUACAUUAGCACUCGAUGAUGGUGAAGUGGAAAAUACCCAAUCACCUAAGUUUUAUAAGCUUAUUACCAACUAA